UGAGACGAGAAAACUGGUGAAAUCCAUGGCUUCUCUAAGAAACUGACACUAGACAAUACGAAUGGUGCCAAGCAGAACUGAGGCAGCGGCUCCUAUCCUGUAAUGUGAAGCAUUUUCACAUUUGACAGGACAGACAUUUUCUAGUCCAAGAAAAAGCCUACAUGAGCAGGAAGAGCAGACCAUUAUCAUGGCCAAAGGAACAUACCAAGCUAGUCUCCAGUUUCUUGUGGGCUCUUUUGUAGUCCAGGCAGUUGUUCUUCAGACUGACCUGCCACUAAAGAAUGUAAACAUGCCAAGUACAGUGAUUCCUCAAGAGGCAAGAAAUACCACCAUAUCUAGCAGCCCUGGAAUACCCACUGUGCCCAGUAAAGAAGCAGGGAAUAAAACCACACUGCAGAAUGCAGAUACUAGUAUAGCUGCAAUACGGAAUGCAACCAGUUUCACUUCCAUGCUGCAUCCUUUUGCACAAACCACCCACUCUUCUCAUAUAGAAGCAAGCAGUCCAGCAGAGAUCACAGCUGAAAUCACAACAGAUAUAACAGAUUUUCCUACAGAGUCCUUUAUUAGUAAUUCUCCACAUCAAUCCCCUGGUGAAGACUCAGAAGUCACAACUUCAGCUAUCACACAAAAGCUGACAUCUCAGCCUUUUGCAACUUCAUCAUUGUCCAGUAGCACAGUGUUGCAUUCAGUUUCAGCCAGCCAAUUACCAGGGGCAGGAAUUCGUAUGAAGAACUCAGAAUUCAUCCUAACUGUUGGUUUUGCCCUCAUUCUCACACUGACAAUUCUAGGGCUUGUUGUUUACAUUCUUAAUAAAUACAGGAUACGGAGAGCUCAGUAUUCGCACCACCAACUCUAUGACUCCUCUGUCGAUACAGUGGAUAGAUAUGCUACCCCAGAUGAUACACUUGUAAUAUCAGGAGGUUUAUAUGAUGCAUCAUAUAACUCUAACACCACAAUGUAUGAAGAUGAAGCACUUCAAACGGAUCAUUUAUCAUUUAGUGCUCAACCUGGACAAUUCAGAUUGGAAUUUUUUGGUGAAAAAGAAAAUGGCAUUUCUUUGACUGCUGAAACACUUAAGGUGCCACCAGGAAGCUUAUAAUGGUUGUACAGAGAUAUUUUAAAGCGACUAAACUGAGCAUUGCAACUAUUUUAUUUAUUAAGAAACUAAUCCAGCUUGAUUAAAAUGAGAAAGUAGAAUUAAGGAAAUAAAAUUAUUAAAGAAAAAAAGCUACUCAAACAUAUCCAACAGGUAAUAAAAAUUCUCCGCUACUUGAUGGUAUAAAGUUUUGAAGCUGUCUUUUGGGCAGUCUUGUGUUUAGUCAAAUACCUUCAACCUGUUCCAGUUCAUUCUUUAAUGAAACUACAUUUUUACUAACCUAAAAAUCAUCAAAUUGUUUUUUUCUGUUCAGCUGUUAAGUACAGCUCAGUGUAUGGAGAAGACUGACAUAUGACUCAAUGGAGCUCUCUUUCCUCCCUUCCCCUUCCUUUGAGCAGAACUGUGCAAUUCUCAUAUAAAUGCACCUAGCUAUCCUUCUCCUCCCCAGAUACACUGGAUAUAGCAGGGAGGCAAAAGGGAUUUAGCAAGUCCUGAUCUGCUACCACAGAUACAGCUCCAUCAGAAUGAGGGUGGAUCAUGUUGUAAGUUCAGAGGGGAAUAACAUUUUGAAUUUAAGCCUAGCAUUAAAAAAUCUGAGUCUUUCCAAUAGAAUAAGAACAUGCUACUUUAAAAAUAAAAACUAUUAUAACAGAAUACAACAAAGGCAGAAUUGAAUUCAAGUAAACUUGACAGUUACAGCAGCAAUGGCUUUUAUAUUUAUGUGAAGAGUUUUCCAGCUUCCUUUAUUUUUUUUCUUCUGUCCACCUUGGAGACUGCAGCCCAUUCAGCAUCUCUUGUUUUUCUCAUAGCUGCAAAUUUUACAGAAGAUGUAGGAGUUGUCCAAGAGGUUGGAGUGUGGACCUUCAAAAUUUUUAAAAUAUCAAUUAAUUUUGAUAAGCAGCACUUUGUGUCAUUUAUUGUUUUUAAGUCAUACUAAAAAAUAUACCUUUUUUGGCAUUGUGACACUUAAGCGAGAAUCUUGUGGAUAAUCUUUAUGCAUUUUUUUAAACAUUUCGUGCUCUGAUGUGAUAGUCUUGAAAAAAAAAGUUUUAAAGUAAAUAGUAGUAUUUAUAGAGUUCUUCUAUGAUUUCUUUUAAUAACUUGACAUCACAUUUAUUUAUUUAAUUACUUCCAACAAGCAGAUUAAUGGAUCCAGAGACUGUUUUCCACCAGUGAAAGUAACUUCUGCCAGCAUAAGGGGGGGGGGGGGACGAUGUUCACGAAUUCCCCUUCCGUCUGCACACUCCAAUUCCUACCCACCCUGACUGAUCUCAAUGAUCUCCUAUUCUCUAAGAGCAAUAUUUUGGGAAACCCAGUGGAUCAGCAAAAAUUGCCCUACCGGCAGUGUGACACCUUUGGAUCCAGACCACUGAAAAUAGGACUUGAUGAACACUCAUGUGUUAUGGAGCAGUUGAUGCAGCUUUUCUGUAUUGUUAAGUUUUACAAUUGUUGUACAUUAGUUUUACUGAUAUUUUGAAAGAUGCUCUGAGUUUAAGAAAGAUAGGAUAUAAAUUUUUAAACUAAAUAGUAACAAUGAACAGCCAAAUGUUAUUUAAUUAUGAAACAAAUAAAUAUAUUCAGCUGUAUGUUUUCUAAUGGUCAGAAACGAUCUGCUAAUGCUUUAUCAACGGAAAUUAAUGAUAUAUGGUCUUUUGAUAGUUGGAAAUCUGUUCUGUAUUUUGGAAUGCAACAUCCAUCAGAGCUGGGAGGUGACAGAUUUCAGCUACUGGAAGGGACAGAGAAAUCAUUUGAAUUUGGAAGAUGUUUCAGAUAGGGAGAGGAAAAAACCAACAGAGGAGAUGUCUUCACUGGAAUU